AUGCCCCAGUGCUGCGUAUUUUGUAGUAAGGAGUUCCCUACAAGGGGUGGUGUCAAGAGACACAUAACUGGCCGCCCUGAAUGUAGAAGGGCAUGGGAGUUAACGAUCGAAGAAACUGAGGCCACCUAUGAUGAAGAUGGCCCACAAGUGGACUUUGCUUACGAUGAUGUUGGCAGCUCAUUUGGCCUGCCACUUCGUCGCUCAUGUUCCAAGUCCUCCGAUGCUGAUCAAGGCAACCCACCAGCGCUGAAAAGUCGGAGGGUGACCAUCGAGGAGGUUGCUGAUGAAGAUGCUGUGAGAACAAAUAGUGGGCGAUAUUUCAAGGAAUGCCCUGAUGGUGGACGGACUCUGCGGGAGGGAGAAACUGGUUUUGAGAGCUAUCGGAAGUAUAAAAAAAGCAUGGGUGAGGACGAGUGGGCACCUUUUUGCGAUGAGGAAGAAUGGGGACUUGCAGAGUGGCUUUUGCCGAUAACACGAAACCGAAUGCAACCAUCCUUCCACAACAACCGAUCGUUCCUCCAGAAGGUCAAUGAACUUCCGCAUGGAGCUGCCUGGAGCUGCAAGAAGAUCAGUGUCCGGGGAAACCAAACAGACGAGAAGGGUGAACCAUUGCAUGAAGAUGUCGAGCUUUGGAUGCGUGAUCCUGUGGAGUGCAUCAAAGACCUGAUCGGAAAUCCUCAAUUCAAGGAUCACAUGGUGUACGCACCUGCACGAGCAUACACAGACUCUGCGGGACUCAACCGAGUGAUUGGUGACAUGUGGACUGCAGAUUGGUGGGGGGAAAAGCAAAAACAGUUACCGAAAGGAGCGACCAUAGCACCUAUCAUUCUUGCUUCAGACAAGACAUAUACACGCUCCCUUGCUGGUUACCGGCUCUUCCACCAUUGUAUGUCCCUCCUGCUGCAACCGCUCAUUGCUGCAGGACAAAAUGGCAUUGAAAUGGUAUGCACUGACUCGAUGAUCCGCCAAGUUUACCCAAUCCUUGCAGCAUAUGUGGCGUAUUUCCCUAAACAAUGCCUGGUUGCAUGUUGCAAGGAGAACCGUUGCCCAAAAUGUCUGGUUGCGGCGGAUGAAAGAGGUGAUCCACUGAGUACACCGAUGCAGGACCCUCCAUUGAUAAAAGAGAUAUUGAAGAAGCGACAAAAUGGUCAACAUCCAGCUGAAUUCAAAGACUACGGAUUACGCACCGUCUAUCAUCCUUUUUGGGCUGACCUUCCACACACAGACAUCUUCCUUGCCUUCACACCCGACCUCCUACACCAACUCCACAAGGGCAUCUUCAAAGAUCACUUGGUUAAAUGGUGCCUUGAUAUCGUUGGUCAAGCUGAAAUGGACGCACGCUUCAAAGCCAUACCGGAUUAUCCUGGUCUUCGGCACUUCAAAAAAGGAAUCUCGACGGUGAAACAAUGGACGGGUACAGAACACAAGCAGAUGCAGCGUGUUUUUGUAGGGUUGCUUGCUGGUGCAGUACCAAGUGGAGUGUUGGUGGUUGCACGCGCUAUUCUAGAUUUUUCUUAUUAUGCGCAGCUUCGAAUACACACAGUUGACACCCUUGAUCAUCUGGAGAGCGCCCUUUCGGUAUUUCACGCCAACAAAGAAAUCCUGCGCGAACUCGAAGUUCGAGAUCAUUUCAAUAUUCCUAAAUUGCACCAACUCUCGCACUACGUCCAGUCCAUCUCAUUGUUCGAAGCUUACCGUGCUAGCAAUAAGCGUGAUUAUGAGGAACAAAUGACUUUGUGGCUUCAACGCCAGGAAGCGGUGUUUUUAUGCAGUUCCUAUCUCGAAUGGCUGUCAGAUCAGUCGGUGAGCAUGGCCAAUCGCACAGACCACAAGUGCAGCGAUGAUUCAGGCUCGGAUUCAGAGAUAGAAGACUUGCAAUCUGGGUCAUGCACUCACAGCGCUACUCCCGCCAAAGCAAGUCUAAUGCCUCCCAUCGCUGGACAACACAUUGUCCACAUUCUUGCCAAAACUCCUGCACACCCUCGGCAGUCUGUUCACCAGCUUGCCACUGCGCAUGGCGCAGUCACAUUUCUUCCUGCCCUCAAAAUUUUCCUAGACAAGCAUAUGCCGCACAAUACCAUCGUUCCCGGUCCACAAGACCGUUUCAACGUUUAUCGACAAGUUAUAAUUGCUGCCCCGCCAGAUCUGCGUGUAAGUGAUUCACCACAACGGUGGCGCAUUAGAGCGACACCCGAAGUAUCUCCUGGUCCUCGCCGGAAGCCUGGGUCCCCUGCCAAGUUUGAUAUGGUCUUGGUGAGUGAUAGUGUUCAGACCUCAAAUCUGCAGGUGUUAGAUGGUGUACGAGUUGCACAAGUCCGUGUGAUAUUCACUCUGCCUCGUCAGUUUGGGGCAUACUCCCGAGCUUUGGCUUAUGUCGAGUGGUUCACUCCACUUAGGAUACCAGAUGCCUCCUCUGGCCUGCACCAGGUGUCACGUUCAACUUGUCGACUGCACCGGAAUGCAGUGGUGAUACAUGUCGACGAAAUCGCUCAUCCAUGUCAUCUCAUUCUGAAGAUGGGACAAUUUGUUGACCGCGGAUGGACCAGUACAAAUGUCUACGAGUUGGUAAAUGAUUUCUACUUAAAUACCUUUAUCAACCUUGAUACGUUCUGCAUGUCCGCUAUCAAUUAA